GAAUGCCGGGAAAGUUUCAGUUUUGGCGCCAAAAGUGAGGGGCAUGACGUCAUCGGUAGCGAACUUGAUAAUUCUAAACCUGAAGAAGGGAAGUGUGAAGCAGAGAAAUGAAGUCGAAGAAUCCUUCGAUUAGGGAAUGGGACCAGCGCUCUUUGUCCUCGACAUUUCUUCAAAGGUCUUCUAGUAGUUCCAAGGAUUCUGAUCAAGGUAUGCCUGUUAAAUCUCCUACCAAGGACUCGCACGUUUCGCUUUCUGACUUCCUGGACCGACGGUUGCACACAACUUCCGUGCUCCCGAAAACCGUUCAGCAGGGGAAGCAGAAACCAUUCUCGUCGCCAUUAGGCUGCAGCAAUGAAUGUGGGUCUAUUCAUGGACACAUUGGGGUCAAGAAAAGGGGAGAAGAUAAAGCAAAUUAUGCUAUUGAUAUACAGGUUUUUAAACAGCUCAAGCAUUCUAGAAAAGAAAAAGAAGAUUUUAUGGGUUCAUUUGGCGUUGAUGAUAUUGGAAGUUUUCACACAAAUACUGUGCCAGAAUCGAGAAAGAGGAAAGACCCAUCUGGACUAAUUUUGCAUGGAUUAGAAGGUGGCAUUUCUAGGAAGCAUUUGGUAGUUCUUGGAGGUGAUCCAAAGCCCAAGCAAACAGGAAGGCUGGAGAAUUUUAUUCGUAACAAGAAACCAAGACCUCUAUUUAAUCACUAUGCAAAUGGAAGUGGCUGGUGGGACUGCAACAUGGAAGGUGUUGAUGGCGAUGAAGUAGGCUGCAAUCAAGCAUGGGAAGGAGUGGGCUCUACUACACUGGGAGGUCUGGAGUGGCAUUGAUUUGUGUUAUCUUUGCAAUUUAGAGGGUUAGCUUUUUGCUUUUCCUUUCUUAUGUUCUCAUGGUGGUCUAAGUUAAGCCUGUGAAUUAUGUGAAAGGAAAAAAAAAAAAAAAAAACCAAACCUAAAAGUAACCAGGUAUAUGGUUGAUGACAAUUAUGUUUUGGUGGAAGUUAAAGAAUGUAACCGUGCAAGAGUUGGAAUCCACUUGCCAUCCAUCUUAUUGCUAUACAUAAACUGAACUUUUUGUCAUAAUGUUUCUUUUGGUUUAAUUUUCAAUAAUGUAUAGGUCUGUUUAAUAUAAUCAUGAACACCGGUUUACUUUUUGUUUUU